AUUGUUGUUUUAAAUUUAGCUCGAAGGGCUUAGCUGUUUGGGGUUUUCUUUCGGUGUCCCGUUUCCCGGUCUCCCCGACUUGGCCGGAGUAGCGGAGUCCAGGCCCCGGUUCGCCCCGCAGGCUCCUGCGCGCCCCGCGUCCGCCUCCACCCCGCGGGGAGCGCGGGCUCCGCGCCGCCUUUCAAGUGAAGCCAGGGGCCGUGGCGGGGAUCGGCGGGGAUCGGGGCCCGGCCUCCUCCCUCGGUGACGCUAGGGAUCCUCGGCCUGUCUUUUGCCAGUGCUCACGGAGAAGCAGAGCGAACCGUCCGGGGCUGGGCCGCUGCCCCUCCCCGCGCACCCAGACAGCCACCCGCGCGCUCUGUCCCCGGGUCGAGUCCGGCCCGGGCGCGGCUGCCUGGAGGCUCACCCCGCCAGGAUGUUCGCCGCCGGCCUGGCUCCCUUCUACGCCUCCAACUUCAGUCUCUGGUCGGCCGCUUACUGCGCUUCGGCCGGCCCGGCCGGCUGUUCCUUCCCUUUGGACCCCGCGGCCGGGAAGAAACCCUCGUUUUGCAUCGCUGACAUCCUACACGCCGGCAUCGGGGAUCCCGGGGCGGCUCCGGAGGGACUAGUGGGAGCCUCGGCCGCCGCCCUCACCUCGCACUUGGGCUCAGUUCACCCGCACGCCUCCUUCCAAGCGGCCGCCAGAUCCCCGCUCCGUCCCACCCCGGUGGUGGCGCCCUCCGAAGUCCCGGCUGGCUUCCCGCAGCGGCUGUCUCCGCUCUCGGCCGCCUACCACCACCACCACCCUCCACAGCCACAGCCGCCCCAACCCGCGCAGACACAGCCGCAGCAGCAACAGCCUCCGCCUCCACCCCGGGCCGGCUCUCUGCAGCCCCCAGCCUCGGGGACUCGGGUCAUCCCCCCCCACAGCGGCUCCACCCCGGCCCCUUCCAGCAAAGACCUCAAAUUUGGAAUCGAUCGCAUUUUGUCCGCAGAAUUUGACCCCAAAGUCAAAGAAGGCAACACUCUGAGAGAUCUCACGUCCCUGCUAACGGGUGGGCGGCCUGCUGGGGUGCACCUCCCCGGUCUGCAGCCCUCUGCCACGGGCCAGUUCUUUGCAUCUCUAGAUCCCAUUAACGAGGCUUCUGCCAUCCUCAGUCCUUUGAGCUCCAACCCCAGAAAUUCAGUUCAGCAUCAAUUUCAAGAUACAUUUCCAGGUCCCUACGCGGUGCUCACGAAGGAUACCAUGCCGCAGACUUACAAGAGGAAGCGUUCCUGGUCUCGAGCUGUCUUUUCCAACCUGCAGAGGAAAGGCUUGGAGAAAAGGUUUGAGAUCCAGAAGUACGUGACCAAGCCAGACCGAAAACAGCUGGCUGCAAUGCUGGGUCUCACUGAUGCACAGGUGAAGGUAUGGUUUCAGAAUCGGCGGAUGAAGUGGAGGCACUCCAAGGAGGCUCAGGCGCAGAAGGACAAAGACAAGGAGGCUGGUGACAAAACUUCUGUCGGAGCCCCCGCUGAAGGUGAACAGGAGGAGAGGAGUCCCAGCCGCUCGGAGGGCGAAGCGGAGAGCGAGAGCAGCGACUCCGAAUCCCUGGAUAUGGCCCCCAGCGACUCGGAGAGGACUGAGGGGGCUGAGCGGGCCGUGCACCAGACCACGGUUAUCAUGGCCAGCGGCAGCGGCGGCAGCGGGGGAGGUAAUGGCGGCAGCAGUUGUAGCUUCAACGGCGCCAGCAGCCUCAGUAGCAGCAGCACCAGCGCGGGCAGUGCCAGCAGCAGCCUUGGCUGUGGCGCUUCGGAGUUGCUCCUGACACCCCAGCCCAUAGCCAGCAGCGCUUCCAAAACCCCGGAGCCUGCCCCAACCCCACUUGGAGGCUUAUAGACUGGAUGAGGACUGAGGGGACCCACGGAGGAGGAGGCCACCCUCCAGAACUGCGUGUCACCUCCACCACCAUGUGCGGGCUGCGUUUUGUGCCUACUUUCUGAUGACAGCUGUGCGGGCCAGAGACAUUUUGUGGAGCCCCCCCACCCCACCCCAAGAUGCUGGGGCCCACACUACCUGCCCUGGGGAGAGGGGCUGCUGGCUGGACAACGGCUCCAUAUUGCUUGUUCAGAUUCUUCUCCCUGACACUAGCAGCUCACUGUGAAGUCUUUUGAUGAAACCCUUCCUCCCCCAGGCACCAGGGGGUGGAGGCUAAAGACAGCUGCACUUAAGAGU